AUGCCCUCCUUCGACGAGGCGCUGCAGAGGGCCGGCGAGUUCGGGCGCUUCCAGCGGCGCGUGUUCCUGCUGCUGUGCCUGACGGGCGUCACCUUCGCCUUCCUCUUCGUCGGCGUGGUCUUCCUGGGCAGCCAGCCCGAGCGCUACUGGUGCCGCGGGCCGAGCGCCGCCGCGCUAGCCGAGCGCUGCGGCUGGAGCCCCGAGGAGGAGUGGAACCGCACGGCGCCCCCCGAGCGCCGCGGCGACGGCAGCUGCCGGCGCUACCUCCUGGAGGCGGCCAACGCCAGCGCCGCGGCGGACGCGCUCAGCUGCGCGGACCCGCUCGCCGCCUUCCCCAACCGCUCGGCGCCGCUCGUGCCGUGCCGGGGCGGCUGGCGGUACGCCCAGGCCCACUCCACCAUCGUCAGCGAGUUUGACCUCGUGUGUGUCAAUGCUUGGAUGCUGGACCUCACACAGGCUGUCCUAAACCUGGGCUUCUUGGCUGGAGCCUUCACCUUGGGCUAUGCAGCAGACAGGUACGGCAGACUAGUCAUUUACCUAAUAUCCUGUUUCGGUGUUGGCGUCACCGGUGUUGUGGUGGCAUUUGCACCCAAUUUCCCUGUGUUUGUGGUCUUCCGCUUCCUACAAGGUGUGUUUGGAAAGGGGACAUGGAUGACCUGCUACGUAAUUGUAACGGAAAUAGUAGGUUCAAAGCAAAGGAGAAUUGUGGGAAUAGUGGUCCAAAUGUUCUUCACCCUUGGAAUCAUAAUUCUCCCUGGAAUUGCCUACUUUAUCCCAAAUUGGCAAGGGAUCCAGCUAGCCAUCACGCUGCCCAGCUUUCUCUUCCUCCUUUAUUACUGGGUGGUUCCUGAGUCUCCCCGCUGGCUGAUUACUCGGAAGAAAAGAGAUAAAGCAUUAAAAAUCCUGAGGAGCAUUGCCAAGUGCAAUGGGAAAUAUCUCUCACCAAAUUACUCAGAGAUCACUGUUACAGAUGAGGAAGUUAGUAACCCAUCCUUUUUAGAUCUGGUGAGGACUCCCCAAAUGAGGAAGUGCACACUUAUUCUUAUGUUUGCUUGGUUCACAAGUGCGGUGGUGUAUCAAGGACUCGUCAUGCGCCUAGGAAUUAUAGGAGGCAACCUCUAUAUCGACUUUUUCAUCUCAGGAGUUGUGGAGCUGCCCGCGGCCCUGCUGAUCUUACUGACCAUUGAGCGUUUCGGACGACGGCUUCCCUUUGCAGGAAGUAAUCUAGUGGCAGGGGUCGCCUGCCUUGUCACUGCAUUCUUACCUGAAGGAAUACCCUGGUUGAGAACCACAGUUGCGACCCUGGGAAGACUAGGGAUAACCAUGGCCUUUGAAAUUGUUUAUUUGGUAAAUUCAGAAUUGUACCCAACAACAUUACGAAACUUUGGAGUUUCUCUUUGCUCAGGUUUAUGUGAUUUUGGGGGGAUCAUAGCCCCGUUCCUGCUCUUCCGGCUAGCAGCCAUUUGGCUAGAACUACCUCUUAUCAUCUUUGGUAUCCUGGCAUCGGUCUGCGGUGGGCUUGUGAUGCUUUUGCCCGAAACCAGGGGUAUUGCCUUGCCAGAAACAGUGGAUGAUGUAGAAAAACUUGACAGUCCAUAUACCUAUACAUGUGGCAGGAAAAAGAAAACUCAAGUUUCCAGUUCACACCUUUGAGGCCCCCUACCAAAGACAAAAGGAAGGAGCUCUUUAGGUUGACCCCUCCCAAGGAACCGAUGUGCCUUGCAGACACAUGUGUGUGUCCAUUUCCGCUACAUUAUGCUCCAAGUGUUUGUCAUACUGUACAAAGACAUUCAAACUAUCCAGAGUAUUUUUAUAUAAUGCGGGAUGAGUUAGGAUUUAGAGUGCUGUUGACAUUUCUGGGAACAUAGUAUGUGACUGGUUUAGCAAAGAGCCUGUUGUGUGGACAGCUCCCCCUGAGUUUUUUUCUGAAGUUGGAGCAGUGUCUCCCACCCAUUCAGUGAUAGAGGGACAAGAGAAGCCUUCCCCAAAUUCUCACGACCGCUCGCUCCAUCACAGAGGCAGGAUGUGCCAAGUGGGCAUCUGGGAACGGGAUGCAGAAAUGGGUUCAUCAGACCCGAGUAGAACUGAAGCUCUGACC